CCUCGGCCAGCCAUCUCCCUGAGGAGCCAGCAGCCUGUGUCCCAGGGACCCACCAGCAGAAUGUCCAGCCAGGAUUUGAGUAUUACAGCAAAACUCAUCAAUGGAGGUGUGGCAGGGCUUGUUGGGGUGACUUGUGUGUUCCCCAUCGACUUGGCCAAGACUCGGCUGCAGAAUCAACAUGGAAAAGAUAUCUACAAAGGAAUGAUAGACUGCCUGGUGAAAACUGCCAGGGCGGAAGGCUUCUUGGGCAUGUACCGAGGGGCUGCAGUGAACCUAACCUUGGUCACUCCAGAGAAGGCCAUCAAGCUGGCAGCCAAUGACUUCUUCCGGCAGCUGCUAAUGGAGGAUGGGAUGCAGCGGAACCUGAAGAUGGAGAUGCUAGCUGGAUGUGGAGCUGGAAUGUGCCAAGUGGUGGUCACUUGUCCCAUGGAAAUGCUCAAGAUUCAGCUGCAGGAUGCUGGCCGCUUGGCAGUUCAUCGUCAGGGCUCGGCCUCAGCGCCUUCCUCCUCCAGGUCCUACACUACCCGCUCGGCUCCCACCCACAAGCGCCCGUCUGCCACCCUUAUUGCCUGGGAACUACUUCGCACCCGGGGCCUGUCUGGUCUCUAUAAGGGUCUGGGCGCCACUCUCCUCAGAGACAUUCCCUUCUCCAUCAUCUACUUCCCACUGUUUGCCAACCUUAACAACCUUGGGUUCAACGAGCGUACCGGGAAGGCCUCCUUUGCUCAUUCCUUUAUGUCAGGCUGUGUUGCGGGUUCCAUAGCUGCUGUCACAGUAACACCUCUGGACGUUUUGAAAACUCGAAUCCAAACCCUCAAAAAAGGCCUGGGUGAGGACAGCUACAGUGGGAUCACCGACUGCGCCAGGAAAAUCUGGAUUCAGGAGGGACCAUCCGCCCUCAUGAAGGGAGCAGGCUGCCGGGCCCUGGUCAUAGCCCCUCUCUUUGGGAUUGCCCAAGGGGUCUACUUCAUUGGUAUUGGAGAGCGGAUCUUAAAGUGUUUCGAGUAGAGAGCUGGAGCUCAAGUCCCUUUACUUGCUGCCAGCUCUCUAGCAUAUUCUACUUAGAUUAGAGAGGGAUGAGCGAGACGCCCCCCAUGUCAUACUCUGUCCUCUAACCUGUAGUGCUACCUCACUCUCAGAAGACACACUCUUAUCCCAAUAAGCAAGCUGGGUAUGGUCCCGUUCUCCCUUCGUGAUACCCGCAUCUGUUUUUUGGCGGGGUUAUAGCUACCAGAGAGCUUCAGAAGCCCUUAAGCACCUACUUUUCAACAGCAAACAUAGUAUGUGCUUGGGGUGUAUUAACUGCGGGACCCUAACACAUAGUAAGAUAGAGGGGUUGUUUCUCCAUUUUACAUUUCUAGUUCACACUCAAACUCCAUACACUUGAGUCAGU